UAUGUACGGCCCCCUAAGUAGGGGAGGAGGACGAGGAGCAGGAGGAGGAGGAGGGUCGGAAAGAAGUCCGCGGUCUUGGCUCGCGUAGCGGAAGGACGCAGCGAAGGCGUGCAACGUGACCACGACGUGUGAGGCGCAUCGGCAAAACCACGUGCGCACAUCGGCAACAGGUAGCCCGGCGUCCCCUCAGGUAGGGAGGUUUCUGCAGUGAAGGAGGCAAAAACAAACGCCAUGGGUGACCCUUGGUUAUGGGGCCUCUCCGCCGAAACGUGGGUCCUCGUCGCCACGCUACUGGUUCUCAUGGCCACAUAUUCAAUGUGGCCCUACAAUUUCUUCAAGCGGCUCAAUAUACCUACGCCCAGACCAUAUCCUUUCAUUGGCACCUUCCUUGAGUACAGAAAGGGCUGGUUCAACUUUGACAUGGAGUGCCGGGAGAAAUUCGGGAAGAUUUGGGGGAUUUACGAUGGCAGGUCGCCGGUCCUGAUGGUGGCUGACCCAAGCCUCUACAAGACCAUCCUGGUCAAAGACUGCUACAGCACCUUCACCAACCGCAGGAACUUUCAGCUCAACGGGCCUCUCAACGACGCCCUCACCGUGGUGGAGGACGAGAAGUGGAAGCGAAUUCGGAGCGUGCUCAGCCCCGUGUUCAGCACGGGGAAACUCAAGGAGGUAUUCCCCAUCGUCAAGCACUAUGGCGACCUGCUCGUGCAGCAGGCAGAGUUGAAGUGUAACGCCGGCCAAAGCUUCGAUGCAAAGAAGCUGCUGGGGGCGUACAGCAUGGACGUGAUCACGAGCACCGCGUUCAGCGCCGACGUGAACUCGCUGAGCAACGAGCACGACCCCUUCGUCGCCUACAUCAACAAGCUGACGAAGCUGGGAAUGUUCAACCCCUUGCUUCUGCUCGUCGUCUUCUUCCCGGCCGUCACCCCGCUGCUGGUCCGGAUGAACGUCAGCAUGUUUCCCAAGGACGUUUUAUCCUUCUUCAUGUCCAACCUGCAACGCCUGAAGAGUGAACGUCGCAAGGGCGAGCACACGGACAGGGUGGACUUCCUGCAGACCAUGGUCGAUGCUCAGAUUUCUGAUUCGGUGAUGGACGAGCACGGUGGCAUCAUCCCGUACAAAGCGCUGACGGACAGCGAGAUCUUGUCCCAGGCGAUGGUGUUCCUCCUGGCGGGCUACGAGACGACGGCCGUGACACUCACCUACAUCGCCUACAACCUGGCCGUGCACGUGGACGUGCAGGACAAGCUCCUAGAGGAGAUCGAUGCCACGUUGCCGCCCGAGGAGGAGGUCACCUAUGAGAAGGUGUCCCAGCUGCCUUACCUGGACAUGGUGGUUAGCGAGUCUCUGCGUCUGUACCCGCCAGCCGGGAGGCUGGAACGUAUUGCAAAGAUGGACGUGGAGCUGGGAGGCAUCCCUGUUCCCAAGGGCACGGUCAUCGGCAUUCCCGUGUUUGUGAUUCACCGUAACUCGGAGCACUGGGAUGACCCCACGGCGUUCCGGCCUGAACGAUUCAGCAAGGAGGCCAGAGAGCAGAGGGACCAGUACUGCUAUUUGCCAUUUGGCGCCGGGCCCCGAAACUGCAUUGGGAUGCGUUUUGCUCUCAUCAACGUCAAGAUCGCCAUCGUGAGCCUGCUGAGGCGUUUCACAUUCGUCACUUGCCCAGAGACAAAGAUCCCGGCUGAAAUUGGCAUAAGAGGACUACUCGAGCCGAAAGAACCCAUCAUUUUAAAGUUUGCCGAAAGAAAGAAGAGCAAUCAAGAUUGAUAAAAAAAAGUUUAUUCAAAAGGAAACUAAUUUUAAUACAGAAUAACUUUUCUUAUUAGCUUACAUAAUAAACUUGAUUACUCUGGCUGUGAUAUGGAAAUUCAAUUAGGCACUUCUGCUGUGAUAAUGUAGCUAACUGUAGGUCUGACUAUUUACUCAAUCACGCAGCUGUGAUGUUGGCAGCGUUAUUUUUUGUCAUAAUCAACUGUGUAAUAAUUUUCAGAGAAAUUCGACUGCUGUGCCAUUCCUGACUUACAGUACCCCGGGGUUUACAAAUUGAGUUGUACCUGCGGUGAUUGCUAUAUCGGGGAGACGAAGCGACAUAUCUCUGACCGAAUUCGCGAGCACAAAUCAGAUUUGAAACA